CAUGUUGCUCCAGAAAUAUUUGGAUUGACUGUGUGAGAAAUCAAUCAGAGAACCCACCCACUCUGCCCAAUUUCUCUUCUUCCUCUUCCAGAGCUGCUUCAUUUCUGAAAGGGACUGAAAACCAAGUGAGGAGAUGAAGGAUUUCCCCGUACUACACCAGAGAAUACAGAGAGGACAGACAACCCAGAUAGAUUCUGAAAAUCAAUCAAGGAACAACUGCUUAAGUGUGGGAAGAUAUCCAGUCCUAUCGCAGCAUUGCUCAACACUGGAGAGUGAAAUCAUUAUAUGGAAAUCAGUUGGGUGAGGGGAGCUUUAGCAUAUCAUCUGAUCUGAAAAUUAGUGGUGUGGACCCUAACCUUCCCAAAUGUUUAUCUGUGGGUGAUCGGUCAGGGUGAGGCUGGGAAAGAAGUGUGAGUGAUUUCCAAGAGCGGUGAGAGCUUCAAUCAUUCAUUGAGCCUCAUGACCCAGUGAUCCAUCCCUGCAGGCUGUUCAAGUGUGAGGUGUUGGAGGAGAACUCUGCAGGCUCAUAGGAUAAGGUGCAUUUGUUAGAAACACUGUUAACACGCAGACAGCUACAUGGAAGAGAGACCAUUUAAGUGUGAGGUUUGUGACCGAGCUUUUACCAAGUCAUCAAUGCUUGUGAAUCACCAACGCAUUCACACAGGGGAGAAACCAUUUAUAUGUAAAGUGUGUAGCAAAUCGUUCUCAGAUUCAUCAACCCUACGCAAACACCUACGCAUUCAUACUGGGGAAAAGCCAUUCACGUGCAAAAUGUGUAAAAAAUCAUUUUUGACAUCAUCAACCCUUCAUAAACACCAACGCAUUCACACACAGGAGAGACCAUUCAUAUGUAAGGUAUGUGACAAAGCAUUCUCAUGGUCAGAGAAUCUCUGGAGACACCAACGCAUCCACACAGGGGAGAAACUGUUUAAGUGUGAGGUGUGUGACAAAUCAUUCUCUGACUCAUCAAGACUCCUGCUACAUCAGAGGAUUCACACAGGGGAGAAACCAUUCAUGUGCAAGGUGUGUAGCAAAUCAUUCUCAGUAUCAUCGCGCCUCCAAGUACACCAACGCAUACACACAGGAGAGAAGCCAUUCACAUGUGAGGUGUGCAACAAAGCAUUCUCAAAUUCGUCGCAUCUUCGCGUACACCAACGCAUUCACACAGGGGAGAAACCAUUUACGUGCGAGGUGUGCAAUAAAUCAUUCUCAUCAUCAUCGGAGCUCCGUGUACACCAGCGAAUUCACACAGGGGAGAAACCAUUUAUGUGUGAGGUGUGCGACAAAUCUUUCUCUCAGUCAGAGAACCUCCGCACGCACAAACGCAUUCACACAGGGGAGAAACCAUUCAGGUGUGAGGCGUGCAACAAAUCAUUCUCACAGUUAGGGAACCUCCGCACACACCAACGGAUUCACACAGGGGAGAAACUAUUCAAGUGUGAGGUGUGUGACAAAUCAUUCGCCGACUCAUCAAGACUCUUGCUCCAUCAGAGGAGUCACACAGGGGAGAAACCAUUCACAUGUGAUGUAUGUAACAAAGCAUUCUCGGUGUUAUCAACCCUCCACAAACAUCGACAUAUUCACAUGGCAGAGAAACCAUUCAGGUGCAACAUGUGUGACAAAUUAUUCUCGGAUUCAUCGUACCUGCGCAGACACCAACGUGUUCACACAGGGGAGAAACCAUUCACGUGUGAUAUAUGCGACAAAUCGUUUUCAAGGUCAUGUAACCUGCUAUUACAUCAGAGGAUUCAUACAGGGACAAAACCAUUUAUUUGUGAAGUAUGUGAUAAAUCAUUUUCAUCAUCAUCAAACCUCCGUGUACACGAACGCACCCACACAGGGGAGAAACCAUUUAUGUGCAAGGUGUGUGACAAAUCAUUCUCUGAGUCAGGGAUCCUCCACAAACACCAACGUAUUCACACAGGGGAGAAACCAUUCAUCUGUAAGAUAUGUGACAAAUCAUUCUCACGAUCAGACAGUCUCCGCAGACACCAACGCAUUCACAUGGGAGAAACCAUUCAUGCAUGAUAUAUGCAGCAAAUUAGUCUUGAGCUCAUAGGACCAUCUGCUCCUGCAGAAGAUCCAUACAGGGAUGUAACUAUUCAAAUAUGAGGUUUGUGAUCAACCACCACAGGAUUUACAGAGGAAGAAAUUCUUCAGGUGUGAUGUUUGUGACAAACCUUUUGAACGGCCAAUGUACCUCCUGGUCCAUCAACACAGUCAUAAAGGGGAGAAACCAUAAUGGUGUGAGGUCUGUAAGAAAGCUGUCACACAGUUGGUGGAUCUGCUAGUACAUCAUAUGAGGACUGCCUGACAAAGUUCUUCACAGCCUGUCCUCAUAGAGUGAACCGUGUACACAGUCUUAGUGGGACUGGGACACAGAAGAAGCAGCUUUCACUAGUGCUGAGGGAUUAUGAUGUCAACAAUGGAGCCACCCUGCAGUGUGAUGUCAGUGACACAGGACUUGGAGCAAUCCCCAUGCAGUGAGGGAAACCCGUUGGGUUUGUAUCCAGAGAGUUAACACAAACUGAACAACAAUGUGCACAGACUGAGAAAGAUAAAUGGGAUAUUGGUAUUGCUUGUGAACUUUUCAACUAGUGGCUGUUGGUGGAGUCUAACCACAAUCAAAUUCAAAACGUCUUUCUCAACUACCCCAACCUGCAGCAAAACAUUUGCAAAGGACGUGAUUUUGUUUUCAGAGAUAUCAGUUAGAAGUGAUGUACAAGCAAGGGAAGAAAACAAACCUCGUUGACAUUUUGCUGAGAGCUGCACUCUCUGUGCAGGAAGUUGAUGAUUGUACAGAGUGUGAAAUCUUCUUAGGGAUGGUCAGCAUUGCUUUGUAUGUGGGAAACAGUGUCUCUCUAUCCCUGAUUGCGUUUUUUGAUGAUGUGACCAAGAAAAUAGAUGAGGGCAGAGGGCAGCAAGGCCUUUGACAAGGUUCUGCAUGGUAGACUGGUUGGUAAAGUUAGAUCACAUGGAAUUCAGGGAGAGCUUGCCAAUUGAAUACAAAAUUGGCUUAACAGAGGGUGGUGGUGGUGGUGAAGGGUUUUUUUGGAUUGGAGGUCUGUGACCAAUGGUAUUCCGCAGGGUUCAGUGCUGGGUCCACUGUUAUUCGUCAUUUAUAUAGAUGAUUUGGAUCAGAAUAUAGGAAGCAUGGUUAGUACGUUUGUGGAUGACACCAAAAUUAGUGGUAUAGUAGACAGUGAAGAAAGUAUUCUAAGAGUACAAAGGGAUAUUGAUCAAUUGGGCCAAUAGAUCGGGGAGUGGCAGAUGGAGUUUAAUUUAGAUAAAUGAAGAUGAAGCAUUUUGGUAAGACGAACAAGGGCAGAACUUACACAGUUGUGUUGAACAGAGAGAACUAGGGCUUCAGGUACAUAGUUCCUUGAAAGUUGUAAUACAGGUGUACAAGUGGUAAAGGCAACAUUUGGCACACUCGCCCUCAUUGCUCAGACUAUUGAGCAUAGGAGUUGGGACAUUGCGACUGUAGUGUUUUACAGGAUGUUAGUUAGGCAACUUUUGAAGUACCGUGUGCAGUUCUGGUAGCCCUGCUAUAGGAAGGGUAUUAUUAAAUUGGAGAGGGUACAGAAAAGAAUCAGAAGACUGUUACCAGGACUGGAGAGUUUGAGUUAUAAGGAGAGGCUGGAUGGGCUGGGAUUUUUUUCAUUGAAGCAUAUGAGAUUGAGGGGUGACCUUUUAAAAUCAUAAGAUGAAUAGCAAAGGUCUUUUCCAUCGGGUCGCGAAGUUCAAAACUUCAGAGCAUAAAUUUAAAGUGAGAGGAGAAAGAUUUAAAAGGGAUCUGAAGAGCAACAUUUUCACACAAAGGGUGGCUUGUAUGUGGAAUGAAUUGCCAGAGGAAGUGGUGGAUGCAAGUACAGUUACAACAUUUAAAAGAAUUUGGACAGGUAAAUGAUUAGCAAAAGUUUAGAGGGAUAUGGGCCAAACACAGGCAAAUGGGACUCAUUUAAUUUAGGAAACCUGGUUGGUAUGAACAAGUUGGACCAAAGGGUCUGUUUUCCUGCUGUAUGACUCUGUGACUAUGACUCUACUCAACUAGAAGAAACAGCAUGAUCUUGACUCAACUUUCCCAGUUUCUAGAUUGUUGGAGGCAAUGACACCAUGGAAAUUGCUCAUGCUCAGGAAACUUGAAUUUCUGACGGCCUUUGCUUGGCUCUGAAAAAUUCUCCAACCCUGAGUUAGAGUCCGAGACUUCAGACAGUUCCGAUUACUCACCUGAAUAGUUACCCAGGAAAUGAUGGACAAGCGAGAAAACAAAUCUAACUCCUAAUACCAUACAACUGCAACCCCAGUCACUAACAUUGACCUCCCACUCUCCCUUCUGACCACUUGACUGCCGCCCUUGCACCCACUUUCCCAACCCAUUGAACCUGACCACAUUACCUGACCUGACUUGAUUAGCCUGAACCUAAACUGUUAACCUGACAAUGCCCCAACACACCUAACUGUUCACCCACCUCACACCUACCAUCCUACCCAUCUUCCACUGUACCAGAUUACCUCACUAACGCUGCCCACUUUCCCACUCUACCACCGAUCCAUUUGUCUGUUUACCAACGUUCACAUUGGACAUUUAUCUAUGGUGACUAGUGCUGUAAACAGGAGAUAUGUCUUCACUAAUUGUCUUCAUUGCUCUGAGCAUGGAUUCCUGCACUAAGGGAGUUUAUUUGAUACUGCAGCAGACGUUUGUCCAGAAAGUCAUGUCCGGGUAAAUGGGUAGUUGUCUAUCUGAUUAGCAUCGGACACAGGUUUUCUGAUUCUGAAUGGAAAAAUUUGAAUGAAUUUGACAACAGAUAAGUAUCUUGCUAAAUCAAGCAGACUAUCCAAAAAGGUGCAACUCUUCAAAUGUUACAGGAGGUUGUGAUUAAUAAUGGUCUGAAACUAUCAAGGACACCCCUAUUACUAUAAGAGUAUUGGACAAAGAUGAGGUGAUUGUCCAACAUGGCAUCCUGUUUAAAGGGAACAGGGUCAUUAUUUCUAAAGAGAUGCUGAAACACAUCCCACACAAUUCAUCAAGGAAUUGAGUCUAGUCUAAGGAAGGUAACAGAAGUGUUCUAUUGUCUACUGAAUGAAGGACCACAUCAGCCAGUGCAGUGCUUGUAAUCAACAAGAAACUAAUCAAGAUAAAGAGCUGCUCAUAACCUGUGACAUUCCCAGACAGCCCAUGGAUGAAGCUUGGAGUACAGCUCUUCAAUCUCACUGGAACUGAUUUUCUCGUCACAGUCGACUACUAUUCAAAUGAUGCAGAGUUAAAGCAGCUGACAUCAAUGAACUUUCUGAAAGAAAACCUCAGAGGUCAUGACAUUCCUGACAUUAUGAUCUGUGGUAAUGACCUCAAUUCAUGACCUCCACACAACCCCAGUCAAAUGGAAAGGCUGAGAUAGCAAGGGAAGAGAUGUGUUCAAAACAAACUUAGAGUGGAGAAUCUCACUUAAUAAGACAUGGAAAGUUGUCCUGUCAUUAUCUAAUGUCAUACUCCACCCAGACUACUCUUCCAAUGGAUAAAUUACUGAGGCCAGAAGUUGUAAUAGGAGUAGGUGACAAGUUCAAAAUGAAGCAUUGGAAAGUUGGUUUGAUAAAGCUGUCACAUUGUUGACAAUUGGACAGUCAAAGUGCAAACAUUCAAUACAUUGAACAAAAUCAGUUCACUUGUCAACUUGGAACCUAUACAGAGGAAUUUUCACCCUGAUCAUGCAUGGGAGUGUGUACAAUUUGAUUUAUCACAGCAAGCACAGCCACUGACCUGCAACUGGUGGCAUCGAGGCCAUUUUGACAAGAGUGUUUCAUUAAAGAGUGCUAGUAAAACUAGACUCAGUAGGAAUCAGGGAAAACUUUCUACUGGUCUUCUCUUGACCAUUGUUUGCAAUUACUCAAAAUAGUGCACAAAGAAAGUUAUCACACAUGAACAAAGUAAGUUCUAGUCUGUUCUAAUUUUGUCAAUGCCUGAUUGCACAUUGUGCAAACAAUAUUAAAGGAUUCAAAUCUUCUUAUGUGACUGGUUGGCUGAUCAUAUGGUGCUCGACAUUGUCUCUCUGUGGAAUGUUGGCACAAGUCAGGAGUUUAAUGGAAUAAUCUGUAUUUGCCUGGAUGAUUGCAUGCCCAACAAUGCUCAAGAAGCUUGACAUCAUCUGGACAAAGCAGCCUGCAUGAUACACCAUAUCCACAAACAUUCACAACCAUCUAGGAGAAAGGCAGCAGAUAAAUGGAAACACAACCACCCAUAAGUUUCCUCUCCAAGCCACACACCAUUCUGAAUUGGAAGUAUAUCACUGUUCCUUCAGUAUGGUUGGGUGAAAAUUCUGGAACACUCCGUGUAUUUGUAUUGUGGGUCUACCUGCAGAGAAUUGAUUGCAAAAAGAUGGCUCACCACCACUUACACAAGGGAAAUUAGGGAUGGGCAAUAAAUGGUGAUCAAGUCAACGACAUCAAUAUCCUAAGAAUGAAUUUAAAAAAUCACUUAAGAACCUGCUCCUUCACAGCAGACAGCAACAACACUUGGUUAAGUGUUUAAUAAUAACAAGGCUGAGGGGUGACCUUACAGAAGUUUAUAAAAUCAUGAGGGGCAUGGAUAGGGUGAAUAGUCAAGGUCUUUUCCCCAGAGUAGUGGAGUCCAAAACCAGAUGGCAGAGGUUUAAGGUGAGAGGGGAAAGAUUUAUAAAAGGACCGAAGAGGCAACUUUUUCACUCAGAGGGUAGUGAGUGCAUGGAAUGAGCUGCCAGAGGAAGUGGUGGAGGCUGGUACAAUUUCAACAUUUAAAAGGCAUCUGGAUGGGUAUAUAAAUAAGAAGGGUUUAGAGGGAUAUGGGCCAAAUGCUGGAAAAUGGGACUAGAUUAAUUUUGGUUAUCUACUCAGCAUGGACAAGUUGGACCGAAGUGUCUCUGUUUCCGUGCUGUACAACUCUAUGACUUGUCACAGUGACAACAUUCUAUAGAGAGAAAAUGGUGGACAUUGGAAGAACAGCCAAAAAAACUCAUUAACCCAUCAGGAGACUUAAAUUUUAAAAUUAUGUAUGCCAUGUGUGUACACAGACAGACAAAAUUAGUACAGACUAGAAAGAUCAUUUUUGCUUGUGUGAUAACUUUAUGCACUAUGUAGAGUAAUUGCAAAUAAUAAUGCAUACAAUGUAUUUAGCUUUCUUUACAAAAAUGAGGGUAUUUGGAUUAGUUGGUUCAUACACUGUGAUUUACUGCAUUAUUUGAUAUUUGAUAUCACCAUGUGUAAGUAAAGCUUUGAGAGCAGCAGCCAUUUUACACCAUGGGAACAAUCUUUAAAAUUCAAAAUGCUCCAAAUAUUUCUGGAAAAAACAAGUUUCCUGAAGCUUGGGAAAUUGACCAGUGAAACAGAUGAUAGAGAAGGACACAUAAAAUGGAGAUAGGAGAGGGAGAAACAAAGAGAGCGAGGUAGGCUAGUGACUCAGUAUUCAGAGUUUCUCUAUGACUCUGUGAAUGCCUUAGUUCAAGGAGCGAUGCUAUGCUCGAGCAUGUGACUAAUGAAUCACUCAAGCCCCUCACCUGAGGUAAUAAUGUAAUUAUGACUAUAUUAAACCAUUUGUAAUUAUUUUUCUUGCUUGUGACACAAAUGAAAUAAACGUUGGCCACAGUAUGUAGACUGGAGUCAUGAAUAUGACUGACUGGUGAUGCUUGAACAUCCAAAAACCUCAAGCGUAAUUUGAAGAGCCACAUCAAACGAAUGCAAUUGACAAAAACUCAAUACUCUCAUUACUCCCAUCUACGCCAUUUAUAUGGUUGGUACCAGAUUCUGGGCUGAUGUUUAAUAAACCAGUGUUAAAGAUCACAAAACUUCAAUUUAAUCAGUGUAACUGACAUUUUAAAACCCUAAUAUGAUCAAUUUCAACCAGAUUAUUUUGAUAAAACCAACACAAACUGGCAUAAACUGUUGGCUACAACCUGUGUAUUUGUGGUGAUUGCAUAUUUGUCAAGGUGUUUUACUAAAGUAAGCAAAAACUGAAGCAAAACAAUAUGUAUGACCGAUUGAAGCUGUUUUAUUCAAGGUGGUACACUGUCAUCUGAUUGGCUUCUUCAUCAAUGCAGUGUUUAAACAUCCACUAGGUAAUUUUGUAAGAUUGAAGAUACAUUUUCAGGCUUCAUUGUUGCUCAUGAUAUUGCCGUUGCAACUGCAGGGAUGCACUUUUAGUCCAUGCAAUCACUGUGUCAGCAAAUAAAAUUGCUCACUGCCUUACAUUCUGGACUAAAUUCUUAAAUUUAGUAAUUUGUGUACUAAUUUUAAUUUAUAUUUUGUCGUGGCUUUUUGUACUUGAAUAUGCAAUUGUAGAUGGCUCCUGAAAUUCCUGUGAGUAGUGAAUGGACAAAAUGCUGAUUGAAGAGAGGAAGACAGCAGUGAGUGGAGAAAUCCACAUGUGACCACUGAUUAGUGGACUAGGGUCAAAAAGAUGCGUAUUACUGCUUUAAAUGUUUGAAAGAACUUAUUAGUUUUCUGGCUGGACCUAACAAAAUGUGCACUGAGACUUUUACCUUUAAGAAGGCCUUAGAUAAUAAGUGCUGAAGUUGUUUUUUCUAACUGAACCUGAGAACACUGAUUUAAUAUGAGAGAAAGGAUCAAGCUGAGCAGAGGCAAAGAUGUUAUCAACAGUCUGCAAACAUCCAAAAUGAGAGGGGAUUGGAUAAAUAUAUUUGCCAUCUUUGCGUGACAUCUUGAAGGGGGUGUGAGCAUCAGUCUGAGUGGCAUUCACACGAUAAACAUUGGACCUUGAGAGGGUCAGUGUGAUCAUUGGGAGACCUGGUCAGGUUAAUCACUGAGAUGGUGAAAAGAUCUCAUACAGGAUUUUGUCAAAGGAUGGACUCUUAUCACACAAGCCAACCAAUUGUCAGUCUCAUGAAUUACCUGGAAUAGCUCCAUACACAAAUGUAUGUGUAUGGAUACUCAAUAA